AUAAAAUGUAAGAGGCAUAUGUGCUUCAUGAUCAAUAUAGAAAUCAAUCCAUGCAGAAUUACAUAAGUGGAUCUACUCGUCCUCUUUAUUUUAAGCGACCUCUGGUACCAACAAUGAGUGAUACUCCUAUAAAAUUAAGUCAACCUCCAGUUUAAUAGAUAAAAGAAUAAGUUUCACCUGCAAAAGUGACGAUAGAGAGAGUAGAUUGAGAAUUAAAUAGUAUAGGUUAAAGAUGUUGAGAUUUAAACAGACUACCGAGAUACAGAAGCUUAGACUGACCCUUAUACUCCUGCUCAUGAUUAAAAUGAAGAUUAAACAAUAGAGAUAUUGGCUUUGCAACAUUUAAAAUGGGAUAAGGGUUUACCUGCAUCAAUAGAGGAAUUGGAGUCUAUAGAAUGGAAUAGAGAAAAAGUGUGGUUUGAAAAUGCAUUGCCUCCUAUAUCAGAUGAAGCAUCAUUUAAAUUAAGAAGAGUAUUAAUGAAGUCUUAGGAGGAGAGAGAAUGGAAGAAGAAAGAGACAGAUAUCAAAAUGUACUAAACUAUUUUAAGUUGUUUUUAGAACAUAAAAUGAGAGACUAUAUUUAUUAUAGGAAGCAUUAAAAGAAAGGGAAAAAGAUGUAGAGGAGAAAAAUGCUUAGAGAAUAGAAAGCAUAAAGAUUAAGAAGACUGAAUUAAAGAAUAGGAUGGUAGCUAAAAUAUAGAAGAGAAAAAUAAAGAUAUUAAGAAAGAUGUAAAAGAGUAGAAAGGAAAUAGAUAACGAAGAUAAGGGAAGAGAAAUUAUAGAAGAUUAUGCAAACUUUGCUUCUAAGGUAUAUGCUGGAAUUACAAGAGAAGGAUUAAGUCUCGAUAAAAUAGCUAGCAAAUAUGAAGUUUAACCUGUUGCUUUAAAUACCUAUAAAGGAUUAACAGAAUUAUCAAGCACAAUAAAACCAUCAAUAUUAGAAACAACAGUAAAUGUAGGAUAAUUCAUAAAAACCAUAGAGAAAGAUUACACUAGAUUAGAAAUAUAACAUAAAAUAGAAGUAAAUAAAGCAAGGAAUCAAAUAUAUGGAUCAAAUAAUUAAGAUUAAUCAAACGAAAGUUAAGCAGAUCAUAUAGGAAAUAAAAAUAUUAUAAUAAGGCCUCCUACACCUACAUAUAAUUAAGAGUUUGAGAAUGGAGAUUUAAAGAAAUAAGAAAUUAAAUUUGAGAAUUAUGAAUAGUUUAAAGAAGAAGCAAUUAAAAAAUAGGGAGAAGAUAAGAGAAAUUCAGCAGUAGUUUUACUUUAGAGAUUAUUUAGAGGAAGAGCAAUGCAGAAUAUAAUGUAUGAAGGAAAGGAGAAAGUAAAGGAUAAUAAUAUUUAAAUUAGAGAACCGCAUUAAUUGAGGAGCUAUUAACAGUUGCAAAGAUUCCAGAUUUACCAGAGGCUGAAUAAGAAGAAAUCUUAAUGCAACAACAUGAAGAAAAAGUAAAGAAUGCUGCAUUAGAAGCCAUAUAAGGAGAAGUGAUUGCUGAAACUUUAGAUAUGUUGAGCAAAGAAUUGUUGAGAAUCAAAUAGGAACGAAAAAUAUCACAAAUGAUGAAAUCUGCAGAAGAAGAUAGAAGAUUAAGAGAAAUAUAGGAGGCAGGAACAAGAUAGGCAGAAUAGAUACUUAGAGAUAGAGAAGAUGUUUAAUAUAAUCAAAUUAUGAGAGUUCAUUAAGGAACAGUCGAUACUUAUUUGCAUUGGAUAUUUAAGAAUACUAUAGAAUAAGGUCUCUAUUUAUAUUAUUUUAUAGCUGCUACAAGAUAGGCUACAAUUAUGACCAAUCUUAGAAAAUCAAAAAUGAAUGCUCCUGUUGAACAUUUUGAAAGGAAAUACAAUAGUGAUGAAACUAUUAUUAAGGAUCUUGUAUAAUAAUUCUUAAUACCUAAUGUUUAAAGGUCUAAAUUAUAAAAAUAAAGUAAUUCUAAACAAUAAUAUUAAGUAUAAAUUGAAGAAAGAAGAUUUAAUGAAGCUGCUAAGAAAUCAAUCUAAGCAACCUUAUCCUCAGCUGCUCAAUAACUUAAUCAAUAAUGA